UAUGUAAUUUUUAUUACAACCAUAUUUUUCACUUUCAAGAGUUUCUUCAAGAAUAAACAUAACAGAUCAAAAGAACAGGCCAAAUUACCUACCUGCCUAUACGAAAUCCAAUCCUCCUAUUUAACUAUUCACACUGACCGCCACACCGAUUAAAGUGACCACUUACAUAAUAAUCGUUUCAGUAACAACAUAACAAAAAAUGUAACUCGUGCGUACAACAAAUACCCCAUCCUGUUAGGGUAAUAAAAGUUUUCCAAUUGGCCGUCAUGUGGCAUGAGGAGUAAUUGGAAUAAACAAAUUUACUGACCCUAAUCCUGUACGACCAUUGGACAGAAGGCACGCGCUACAGGGGCGGAACCACAAGCCAUGACCCCCGAGGGGUGGCGAGGGCUACCCGCUCAAUAUAAGGGUCAACAGGUAGCCGAAAACCACAUUUCUCGUUCGAAGUUCUUCGGUGUAACUUGUUCCGAGCUUCCAGUACGUCUUUUUUGGUGCGCGAAUUCGAUAAACGCAAGUUCACGAUGGAAUCCGCCGACGCUUAUAGUUACCUCUAUAUGUUGGGACCCCAGCAGAACGUUACCGAGUGGUCCACAUCUUCAACCUCGAGUUACGAAAGUUACCACGAAGAGGGUUACCAAAGCACUUCUCCAACCCCUUCAGAACGGAGCAAAAGCCGCGUUACCCCUUUGGUAUUGAGGAAAAGAAGAUUGGCAGCCAAUGCUAGAGAAAGGAGGAGAAUGCAGAAUUUGAAUCAGGCUUUCGAUAGACUGAGGACUUUCCUACCUCAACUGGGUCAAGAUAGGCAGUUGUCCAAGUACGAAACACUUCAAAUGGCCCAAACAUACAUCUCUGCCCUGUACGACCUCUUGGAUCAGAGACAAUCAUAAUACAGGUGCUGUUCUCUCCUUACCAUAUCGUUGCCAGUUCUCGAAGCCAAAGUUUAUUUGAAUAUAGAGAAAAUCUUUACUGAAGUGUUAUUAUUCCUUGUAAAUUGUAAGUACGUUCUGCAUACAUUUUUCGAACAUCUUUCUAUGAUCGUCACAAGGAAAUUGUAAUUUAAACGAUUUUUUCAAUAACGAUGUUAUUCUAGCUUAUUAUUUAACUCAAGGUUUAUCUCUUUAUAAGUAUCAAAAUUUUGUACAUAGUUGUGUGUAAAUAAUUGUUAAUUAAUUUUAAGUUUUAAUAUUAGCAUUUUACCGCAGCAGUAUUUUAUGUGAGAAA